AUGCACACCUCUCGCCUUGUAUUUCUCUGCAAUGUUUCUCUCGUAAUUCUAUCGAUUGGCGGACUUUGUCUAACUUCGUCGAUUUUUGAUUUUAUAGUCAGCUCCAGACUUUAUUAUACUGUACCGGAUCAUGUGAGUUUUUUUUUUGUUGAGGAAAUUUGCGAUUUUUUGAUACCAAACAUGUCGGGGGUUACUGUAGAUUUUUCCCCUAAUUUUGAUUUACCAGAACUUUUAGGAUAAUUUUUUAUCAUUGUCAAAGUUGGGAGCUACAGUAACCCUGGGGCCUAAUUUUGAUCUACCAAAAAAUACCUUUUGGCACAAUUUUCUUCCAGGGUUACUGUAUGUUUUCGCCUCAUCUACAGUAACCCUGAGGUUUCUGAGAACCAAGUUUUGAUCUACCAGAAAUUUUUAGAUUUCAGUAGGGAUACUGUAGAUUUUUUCAGAACUACAGUAAUCCAGGUUCUACAGUCACAAAAAUUUGAUAUACCAGAAUUACAAGAUAGGGUUUGGCUACUGUAGAUGUCAAAACUUAGGAGCUACAGUAACCUUGGGUUUUUAGGAACCGGAUUUUUGGGGAUCAAUUUUUGAUCUACCCGAAUUCUUCCACAGUAACCCCAGUCAAAUUCGGUCUCAAAAAAUCGCAAAUUUCUUUCCCAACACCAAAUAAAAAUCCACGUGGCAAAACCCUCCCAACUCUCAACUAUUCCAGAAAGUUCUGAUCAAUCCUCUCCUCGCCCUCUGGCUUUUUCCCAGCUCAACACUCUCCUUCAUCCUCUCAUUCUCCACAAUUCUCUUCCUGACUGCCGGCCAAAAAAUUGUCGAUUUCGCUGUCGACCAUCAAUUUGUGUUGAGCUUUUUUGUGAGUUUUUUUUGGCUGAAAAUCUGAAAAAGCUGAAAAUUUUAUUGAUUUUUUCAGCACGCCAUUUUGAUGUGCUGCAGUUGCAUUUUGUCGUCGUUCGUCAGUUUUUUGUGCGCUCAAAAUGCGGCUGAUAUUGGAGUGUGAGUUUCGGGAAAUUUGUUUUUGGCGCCAAAAUUUACAGUACCCUGCCACGCUUUGAAAAUAUCCCAAGUUUAGUCUCAAAAUUCUCACCGCCUUCUGAAAAAUCCUGAUCCCCCAUCAAAUUCAAUUUUCCAGCUACGCAGCUCACGCGAGCCCUCCACAAUUCCAACAAGCGUCAUCCUGGUAUUUCUCGCGUCUCCGUGCUUUGGUCGUUGUUUCAGCAGCUCAAUCCAUCUUAAACGCCGUCAUCAUUUCAGUCCUCUAUUUGGGCAUCAAUUGUAAAUACCGUACUUUUGUGCAAAUUUCGAAUCACGACGAGAAAAUCACGAUUCCGGAUUUGGUCGAAAAACGCACGACCACUUAUUUUGCUUGA